AUGCGAUGGACGACAUUUUCCCUCGCUUUCUCCUACCUCUUUUAUCCAUCCGAAAGUAGUCCUACGAAGAAAACGCCGCCAAGGCCUGAGUUUCUGCGAAAGCGCACAACGUUCGGAACUUCUUUCGGCAUCCCGGGUGACAAUGCGACAUUUGACUACGUUAUUGUCGGAGGUGGCAACGCCGGUCUUGCCGUAGCCGCCCGUCUUGCGCAACAGCAGAAAGGAACGGUGGCGGUCAUCGAAGCCGGCAGCUUUUAUGAGAUUGAGAACAGCAAUAUGAGCGAGGUUCCGGCAUUUGCUAGCAUAUUCACGAGCAAAGGUGUCCACGAUUGGCAGUUAAAAAAACGCUGCGCCUUUCGCUGGAACUGGUCGGCGAACGCGACGGGGAGCGCGAGCGCUCUUUUUCAGGGAGGGUGCGACUGA